AUGAAGGCGGUUACUAAGUCGAUUGCCAAUAGGUUGAAGACUUUUCUUCCUGGGAUUAUUAGUGAAAAGCAAAGUGCAUUUAUCUGGGGAAGACUCAUUACUGAUAAUGCACUUAUUGCCAUGGAGUGCUUUCACUGGAUGAAACAUAAAAAGAAUGGUAGAAAGGGCACUAUGGCGCUGAAGUUGGACACGUCGAAGGCUUCUGAUAGAUUAGAGUGGAACUUUGUGUCUGAAACUCUGGAAAAAAAUGGAAUUUCCCCCAGUCAUCCCAACAAGAAGUUCUUCCCAAAUAGGGGUCUCCACCAAGGAGACCCUUUCUCACCCUAUUUAUUUGUUAUUUAUGCAGAUGUGCUCUCUAGGAUGAUUAGAAGCGAUAUGGUGAACAAUAAGAUUCAUGGCAUCAAAGUGGAACGCAAGUCUCCUAUCAUUUCUCAUCUUUUCUCUGUCGACGAUAGUCUUAUGUUUUCUAGAGCUAGUGAGGAGGAGGUUGGCUGA